AUGAUGAGCUGGUGGUCAUCAUCGGCCAAUACGGCUUUGGACGAACAAAUUGAUAAAGCGACUAGCAGCAGCUUGGAGGAUAUCGCGUUGAACCUCGAAAUCUCCGAUGAAAUCAGAUCGAAAACUGUGCAGCCUACCGAGGCCAUGCGAUCGCUCAAGAAGCGCAUCGGCAACAGGAACCCCAAUGUCCAGCUGAGCGCGCUCAACCUCACGGAUACCUGUGUAAAGAAUGGCGGGGACCACUUUUUGAAGGAAAUCGCAUCGCGCGAGUUCAUGGAUAAUCUUACCUCUCUUCUACAAGCCGUUGGCCCGGCCGCCGUGAAUCUCGAGGUCCGAGCGAAGAUACUCGAAUACAUUCAGUCGUGGGCGACCGCCACCGAGGGGCGACAUGAACUAUCCUACAUCAAUCAGGUAUAUAGCAACCUGAAGCGAGAAGGAUACCAGUUUCCACCCAAAACUACCAUCUCGAGUAAUAUGAUCGACUCCAGCGCUCCCCCUGAAUGGAUAGACUCCGAUGUCUGCAUGCGAUGCCGUACGGCCUUUACGUUCACGAACCGGAAACAUCACUGCCGCAACUGUGGAAACUGCUUCGACCAACAGUGCUCUAGCAAGACGCUACCUCUUCCCCACCUCGGAAUCAAGACGCCCGUCCGAGUUGAUGAUGGAUGCUAUGCUAAGCUCACGACCAAACCCGCUCCUGUCGACAGGACCCCGACCUACCCACACAAGACCCGAAGCACGUCUGCGAUGCAGCCCAGAAGUGCCCGUGUCGAUGAUGUCAUUGACGACGACCUUCGAAGAGCGCUUGAGAUGAGUCUAGAGGAGGUCAAGAGCUAUUCUCGCGGAUACGCCGAGCCGAGCAAGAAUGGAUCCGCCACCACGGCACGUGUUAAUGGCACUUCCCAGCCCUCCAAGCCCGCCGCCGAGGAAGAGGAGGACGAGGACCUGAAGCGAGCUAUCGCGGCGUCCCUUGCCGACAUGGAGGAACAGAAGCAGAAACACUCGGCCGCUCUGAAGGAGCAGACCCACGGGCCCGCUACUUCAUCAUCGGUACCCUUGACGCUCCCCAAGAACGAUUACGAGCUCACCCCGAUCGAGGCCGAGAAUAUCAAUCUGUUUGCGACUCUUGUCGAUCGACUGCAGACGCAGCCUCCUGGAACCAUUCUGAGGGAGCCACAAAUCCAGGAGCUUUAUGACAGCAUCGGUGCUUUGCGACCGAAGCUAGCGCGUACCUAUGGCGAAACUAUGAGCAAGCAUGAUACGUUGCUAGAUCUCCAUGCAAAACUAUCAACGGUGGUGCGCUACUACGAUAGGAUGCUCGAGGAGCGUCUUUCCAAGGCGUACGGACAGCACGGGUUUGGCGGAUAUAACCCAGGCCUCACCCGCCACCCCACCGGUCCCUAUCCUACCCUCCAGACAGGCGGCGCUAGUGCGCCGGGCCCGGCCGAGAACUUUUACACAGGAGAGCAACGUCAGGACUACGGACGGCCACCUCAACAGCAAUACCCGGGGCACCCACAGCCAACGGCGCAGGCUCCGUAUGUCGGAUACGAUAAGAACACAACUGGCUCUAUCCCGCCCCAAAGCUACCCUGUGCAGCCGCAAAGGGCUGAUAGCUGGCAACAACCCACUCCGACUUCGGGGGCACUGGAUGGACAGUACCAGCAGCAGCCGCCUCAGCAGCAACAAUACCCGCCGAGUGAUGCGCAGCAGCAGCAACAACAACAGCCACAGCAAAGGCACCCCAGCAUCGCCAACCAGCCGACACCAACCCCAUCCGCUCCCCCAACUCAACCUGAUACCAAUUAUUACUAUACCCAGCAACAACAAGCGCAGCCACAGCAGCAACCACAACAACAACCCCAGCAACCUAGCCAGCCCAUGCCGCCUCCCGGAGCUGCUCCACUAGACCCAUCCCAGUCCCCAUAUCCCAAUCUUCAGCAGCCCCUCCAGCAAUAUCAGCAGACUCCCCAGCCCCUGCCGGCGCAACCUGCCCAACCGAUCCAGUCGCCGCAGCCGACUCCUCAGAUCCAGCACCAGCAGCUCCCGCCGCAGCAGAACCCGUACUGGCAACCUUCAGUUCCUCAGCAACAGCACCACCAGGCGCCGCCUCCGCAAUCUCAGGUGCAGCAGCAGCCUCCCCAGCAGCAAUGGCAGCCCCCUCCUGCGCAGGGGUACGGCGGGUAUCAGCAGGAGCUUCCGAAGCAGCAGCCUAUAGUGGAGGAGAGCCUAAUAGAGUUGUAA